AUGUCUUUGACUUCAGCAUUACGUCCUGUAGGGCUCCCGUUUGGGCCAGCGGGCGGCUACAGCUUGAAACGAGAGCAGACUACAGCAGGUCACUUGAACGACAACUCGAACGUGAAGCAGCAGCAGCAGCAGCAGCAGCAUCAGCAUCAGCCUCGGUCUUUCCAACACGAAGUGGACUAUCUGAACCUCCAUCGGACGCUCAUACGGCUGCAGCACCUCAUUCUUCUCACUCCGUCCCUUUCCUCUUCGGCUUCCUCUUCUUCCGAGAACGCCAGCAGUCUCACUGCGCUGCAACGACAGAUCCAGGCCGAACUAUGGUCACCGCUUCCAUACUACCGCAACAAAUGGCUCCACAGCAUUGAAGGAGCACGAACGGUGCUUUUGCAGUUGGAGCGGAAGGCACAGAAUCUCCGUGUACAAAGAGCAAAAUAUGAUGCCGCGAAAGACCUUGCGGAAAAGAGGGCUAUUAUAAAGAAGUUGAGGAACCGGGUAGAGGAGAUUGGUCGGGAGGUGGAGCGGGAGAUGGGCAAUAAAGACGGCAACAAAGACUUGCAAGGGCCAUUGAAGUUAGGGAUUGGCGAUGAGAUUGGCCUGGUCCAUGAGGAGACGCUAUAUGAUGUGUUGAAAAGGCAACAGUCGCCUUUGGACAAUGGUGACAUCGAGACGAUGGAAACGGCCCAGAAGGAGCCGGUCCAGGACGAGACCGAGGAUCACAACCGCACUCUACGACGGAAAGAUGGCGAUACGUUGCGAGAUGGACGGCCUGUAAGCCAAGUGGAAGGGGAGCGAGAUGGCUACAAGGUCGAGUCUAAGGCCCGAGACACACGAGGAGAACUGUUCGCUUCUACUUCUGAAAUGCGGCACAGAGGAGGAAAAGGUCAGCAGGAGACGAAGUCAGAGAGUGCGUCGACAAGUGGCUUUUCAAACCUUCAGUCGACGGAGCGGUCGUUACUGGAUUCUUCACGAGUGCAAGAAGAUAUCACCACCUCUCUCGUCAAAAUGGCCGCGCAAUUGAAACAGCAGAGCAGGGCAAUGCAGUUCUCGUUGGAGCAGGACAAAGGAAUCCUAGGUCGGGCAUUGCAAGGCUUGGACCUGAGUGUGAGUGGCAUGGAGGCGGCGAGCAAGAACAUGGCGUUUUUGCGACGCAUGAGCGAGGAGGAGGGUUGGUUCGGCCGGCUGAAGCUGUACGCUAUGAUUUUUGCCAUGUGGAUUGUGGCCAUUCUACUAGUGUUUGUGUGUCCAAAGUUGAGGUUUUGA